GGCUAAGAGGUGGAACAGACUAUGUUUCCUUCGUGCGUGAUUGGAUGCCAUCCAGAGUAGAAGGACGGGGCUAACGGAAGGCGGAGCGUGUGUCAUCUCGAGCUACCUUGGUGGCGGGACGUUGACGUGUGAAGGCUUAGUGAGUGGAUCUGGUGACCACUCGACGCAGACAUGGAUGAGGUGUGGAUGUUAUCUUUGUGUCUGACUUUGUUCGCCUUCGUGGUCGCCCUCCUGUCCAUGAGGAAGUCCGAUGAUACAUCCGCGAGCUCGGCUAAAGGCAAUGAGCCGAAAAGCCCCGAUCCUAUCCCCCCUUCGCCCCAGCCGGCUGCCCGUUACAUGGAGCUCACUCUGGAAGACAUCGAGAAGUCGCUCGAGCGACUGGGAGCGGUGCUGGGCAUAGAGUCGGCAGGCGUCAAGGAACCAGCCUCCCGGCGACAGACGCCGGCUUCUGAUUCCGACACAUAUCCUUCGCUGUCUGACCGCGAGGAGCAGCCGUACCGGCGUGGGGGGAGAGGAGCAGUAUCCCAGCGAUGGGCGGAACAUGACGGCGCUGAAGCCUGGAGUCACCCCGAGAGACAGGACAAGAUCAAAUCUUCAGAGCAGAUAGAUCCUCGGAGACAUGGUGGAGGAGAAGGGAAAGAAAUUCUAGAGUGUCCACCUGCAGCUACUGCAACACAAGAUAUAAUGGAACAGAUUGAGCAAGCUGUCCAGGAGACAUUAGAUCAUAACAAGGAGCGGUCAGAAUUUGUUCGAGUCAGGCAGGCCGCACCUGCUCCACGGUUUGAAAUUCUGCAUAGGGAUGAUAUGCUGCAGAACAAAAACCCGCAUUCCUCCGAGUAGAUUUGGCUCAGUCUGAGGUGGCUUUCACGCUGUUGCUUCAACUUCUUGAGUGACCUUCAGUCUUUUGAGGGCUCUGAAUGGGCAUGUUGUUGUCUUGCUUAACCCUUCCAAACUUCAUAGCUGCUGGUGGAUUUGGGUCACUUGUCUAUUUUAAUUGAAAAUAUUACAAUUGAAAACAAAAACAUGCAUCUUUAAAUUGUUUGCUAGGAUAAUUCAUAUUUUAUUUGAUGCAUCUUUGAACAGUCUGGACCUUCAGCAAGCUUGUGACUGCACUCCACGUGAAGAUUAUCCGCAAGUCUCACACCAGGAUCUCUCUUCUGGGAGCACCUGUUGUAGAAUUUUGAUUCAUUUCAAUUUGAAAAUAUUAAGGAAUUGCAUAACUAUUGCUUUGUUUGCAAUAUAGCACUUAGCAACACCACAGGUGAAGCACUUGCUGUAUAUGGUUUCCUUUUCUAUCCUAUCUCCCAUUCUUUAUGAAAUGCUGCAAAAUAAGUUGUAAUCCACACAUUAGCUUUGACCCAUGUAGUGUGAUUUUGUUUUAAACUUCUAGCAUCUGAAACUCUUCAAAUUGUGCUAACAUCUUUGUUAAAUAGAGUAAGUUUAUGGAGGUUGAAGAUUAGCAUCAGUUGGAAUUCCUCUCCCAUGUUGCAGCAGCCUUCUGCAAAUACCCAGCACAGUGCCAUACAGCAAGUUCCAGCGUGCUUCAGCUAAUUUGAAUGCUGAAAUUUUGCUUUCAACAAUUUAAAGAUGUACAGUUAGCCACAGAUUUAAUGAUGGUGGCAAAACAUUCUAGCAGACAUUGCACAGCUUUCAGCUAUCUUAUUAUAGUUUGUUCCAGAACUGCCCGGUAAUUUUCCUCAACAGUCCUCAGUGCUGCAAGCCUGAACUUGUUCCUUUCUCAUUGUCUUUUUACACCACCAAUGACUUGAUACUCACGGGAAAAUCAAAUGCUCAAGUCAGGCCCUAUGGGUUUGUUUGGUCCAGUGCUGAUUCCAUUAUUAGGAAAUGAAUGGUUCCAACAAACUAAGCACCCAUUCCGGUCACCUUGGGUUGCACAACCAAGUCUACUGUUCACCCCACCACACUGAUUCAGUAAUGCACAGUAUUCCCCUCUGUGGGGUGUGUGCUACCCAUAUCACAGGCAUAUCAUGAUCAGUAGAGAAACAGCGUGGGAGAAUUUUCUGACUUUACAAGACACUCACUAAAAAGAUUUAGCCUUACAUUUCUACUAAAAUAUUUUGACCGUAUUGAAAAAAAUUAUAGACCUAACCCAACUGAAUAGCUAAUAUUCAGUGCCGAGCCUCAUUACCUUCGGAUUCUACAACAUACCAGCCAUUUUGAUCAGAAGCCAGGAGGUGUCAUUCGUGAUGUUGGAGCAGCCAAUAAAGGAGAAAUGAUAAAAAAAUAAAUUCAUACCUUGAAAU